AUGUCGGCGUUAACGGAGCAGCAGAGGAGACCAGUCCAGAAGAUGGAUGAUUGUGUGGAGAAAGAGGAGAAGAGACCAGAGUCUCCAGGACCCAGCUGUCUGUCUAUGAAGAGUGACUGGUCCAAAGAUCAGAAUCCAUACUUCAGUAAAGAACCUGGACCCUCAGACACAGAAGACCAGUCUGCUCCACCAGGACCGUCCUCCUCUCCCCAGUGUGGAAAAAGAUCCAGAACCAGAACUGGACUGCAGACAGCCAGUCAGAGCAGAACUGUACCAGCAGAUUCUGGUCUGCAGGAGGUCCGAGAUGAACACAAGACCAGUCUGAGGAGGAGAUGUGAACAUGUGACUGAAGGAAUUGAGGAAACAGGAAGUAGAACCCCCCUCAACAGGAUCUACACGGAGCUCUUCAUCACAGAGGGACUGAGUGAAGAGGUUGAUACCCAACACGAGGUGAGGCAGCUGGAGACUUCCAGGAUGAAGAGCCUCCAUGACACUCCAAUCAGGUGCCAGGACAUCUUUAAAGCCUUACCUGACCAACAUGCAACCAUCAGAGUGGUACUGAUGUACGGUGUCGCUGGCGUUGGGAAAACCGUUAAGGUUCAGAAGUUCUCUCUGGACUGGGCCGAGGGCUCGGAGAACCAAGACGUCACCGUGGUGAUUCCGCUCUCGUUCAGGGACAUGAACCUGAUCAGAGAUGAGCAGUUCAGUCUUUUCAGGCUGAUCCAGGUUUUCCAUCCAUCGUUACAGAAACUCACAGCAGAGCAGCUGGCUGCCGGGAAACCGUUGUUCAUCUUUGACGGCCUGGAUGAAAGCAGAUGUUCACUGGACUUCAACAACAGUCCGGUCGUGUCUGACGUCACACAGAGCUCAUCGGUCAACGUGCUGCUGACCAACCUCAUCCAGGGGAACCUGCUUCCCUCAGCUCUCAUCUGGAUAACUUCCAGACCUGCAGCAGCCAAUCAGAUCCCUCAGAAACACGUUGACAGGGUAACAGAGGUACGAGGCUUUACCGACGCCAAGAAGGAUGAGUAUUUCAGGAGGAGGUUCAGUGAUGAAGAGCGGUCCAGCAGCAUCGUCUCCCACAUGAAGACAUCCAGAACCCUCCACAUCAUGUGUAAACUCCCGAUCUUCUGCUGGAUCACUGCUUCAGUUCUGGACCACAUGUUGACCACAGAGCAGAGAGGAGAGCUGCCCAAGACCCUGACUGACAUGUUCUCACACUUCCUGGUGGUCCAGACGAAGAGGAAGAAGAACAAGUACCAGGAGGGACAUGAGACGAGUCCACAGGAGCUGACGGAGGCUGACAGGGACCUUCUUCUGAAGCUGGGGAGGCUGGCGUUUGAACAUCUGGAGAAAGGAAACAUCAUGUUCUACCAAGAAGACCUGGAGCAGUGUGGUCUUGAUGUCCCAGAGGCCUCGGUGUACUCAGGAGUUUGUACCCAGAUCUUCAGGAGAGAGUGUGAGGUCUUCCAGAAACCCGUCUACUGCUUUGUUCAUCUGAGCAUCCAGGAGUUCCUGGCUGCAGUCUACUUGCUCCACUGCUACUCCACCAGAAACACAGAUGUGCUGGAGAACUUCCUGGGAGAAAACAGAUUCUCAUCUCUGGAUGAAUUCCUGCAGAGAGUCAUGUGGAAAUCUAUGGACAGUAGAAAUGGCCACCUGGACCUGUUUGUCCGCUUCCUUUAUGGUCUUUCUGGGGAGUCCAACCAGAAACUGUUAGGAGGUCUGGUUAACCAGACGGAGAACCGUCCAGAAACCACCCAGAGAGUCAUCAACAACCUGAAGGAGAUGAACACUAUUAGAAUCUCUCCUGACAGAAGCAUCAACAUCUUCCAGUGUCUGAUGGAGAUGAACGACCUCUCAGUUCAUCAGGAGAUCCAAGAGUUCCUGAAGUCAGAGAACAGAUCAGAGGAGGAACUCUCUGAGAUCCAGUGUUCCGCUCUGGCCUACAUGCUGCAGAUGUCAGAGGAGGUUGUGGAUGAGUUGGACCUGGACAAGUACAACACAACAUGGAUGGGUCGACAGAGACUGAUUCCAGCUGUGAGGAACUGCAGAAAGGCUCGAUUUGUUGAUUGUCGGCUCUCAAAGACUCACUGUGAAGUUGUUGCGUCCGCUCUGAAGUCCAACCCCUCCCAUCUGACAGAACUGGACCUGAGUCUGAACCACCUGCUGGAUCCAGGAGUGAAGAUUCUGUCUGGUGGACUGGAGAGUCCAAACUGUAGAGUGGAGACUCUGAGGUUGGAGUUAUGCAGGUUGUCAGAGAUCAGCUGUUCUUCUCUGAUCUCAUCUCUGAUCUCCAACCCCUCUCAUCUGAAACAUCUGGACCUGAGUAAGAACGACCUGCAGGAUUCAGGAGUGAAACAUCUGUGUGGAUUUCUGGAGAAAUCAAACUGCAGACUGGAGACUCUGAGAUUGAAGAGCUGCAAUCUGUCAGAGAUCAGCUGUUCUUGUCUGGUCUCAGCUCUGAAGUCCAACCCCUCCCAUCUGAAACAUCUGGACCUGAGUUACAACGAGAAGCUGCAGGAUUCAGGAGUGAAACAUCUGUGUGGUUUCCUGGGGAGUCCAGACUGCAGACUGGAGACUCUGAGGUUGGAGGACUGCAGUUUGUCAGAGAUCAGCUGUUCUUCUCUGGUCUCAGCUCUGAAGUCCAACCCCUCCCAUCUGAAACAUCUGGACCUGAGCAGGAACCAGCUGCAGGAUGCAGAUGUGAAGCAGCUGUCUGAUCUGGUGGAGAGUCCAGACUACCAGCUGCACACUCUCAGAAAUAAAGGAGUAUUCCAGCUGACAGCCUUCCAGGAUCAAAUGAACCAAACAGACGACGGUGGACCAGGUGGAUUCUUCUCAGAGGAGACGGCCUCCUACAAACAUUUCUUCUGUCCCUGGUCCUAA